GAUUACAGGUACCAGUCGGGUCGAAAAACCAAAAUGGCGACCACCAGUAACACGGAUGAUCAAGAAGCUGUCGAAUUUGUCCCGGAAAGUGACGAAUUGUUUCCAGGUGUUAAAGAUGUAGCCACUUUCUCCCAGCAAACCCUAGGUCGACUGAUGUUAGCAACGAAGGCUGCACAUGCCCUCCCUCCGCACGGCGAUGACUAUGACUUCUACUCCAGCUACGAGACUUUUCGCCAGUACUGCCACAGCCAGUCUGAAAGACUUCUGCAGAACAUCAACGGCCUCAUGCAUCUCCAAGGCAGUAAAGCACAUCUGACAGGGGGGAGCUCUGCCCCUGAGCUUGAAGACAAGACGGAUGCAAUCAUCGAGACAAAUGACACCAUUCUUGAGAAAGUGGGCCUACUCCUGGAUGAAGCCACCGGACUGAUCAAGCCAGGCAAGGCAGCUCUCCCCCCAGGCUCCCAGCCCAAGGCUCCUCCCAAGCUCAUAGUGGCCAGCUGGAACCAACAGAGUUCUACAGAGUCACAAAAGGGUCGAUCGUUUCACCUCAUGCAUGCCAAGAACAUUUCCCGACCGCAGCUGAAGUUCAAGGAUAAGAUCAACAACAGCAACACACCGUUUGUCCCAAUCAUCACCAGCAAGCCAAACGCCUUGAAACCGCUCAAUAAAGGGUUAUUGUCUCCAAGCAAAAGCAAGUCAGAAGGCAAAGACAUUCCCGAUGCAGUCUCAGCCUUCAUCCAUCAGCAGCGAGUGGGAACUGAUGAAAGUGAAGACAUUACGGCCCACCCCUACCAGUAUGAGCUGGACCACUUCGUUCCCGACCCCUCCAUGCUUCUCCCCGUGGACUCGCCCUCUUACGAACCCCUUGACACAACCCCGCUCACGCUGGUGGACACAGUGGAGCAGUUGGAGGAACUCAGUCGGACGCUGGACUCGCUGAAUGAAUUUGCCGUUGAUUUAGAGCACCACUCCUACCGGUCAUUCCAGGGUUUCACCUGCCUCAUGCAGAUCUCGACGGGUCGCCAUGACUACAUCAUUGACACACUGGCUCUCAGAAGUGAACUGCAAAUCCUUAACAACUCCUUCACCAACCCAGCGAUUGUCAAGGUCUUCCACGGGGCUGACAUGGAUGUGGAAUGGCUGCAGCGGGACCUCGGCCUCUACGUGGUCAACAUGUUUGACACCGGCCAGGCCUCUCGCAUCCUCGGCAAGGCCCGAAACUCCCUCGCUCACCUGCUCCAACUCUACUGCGGCCUGUCCCCUGACAAAUCCUACCAGCUUGCUGAUUGGAGGAUAAGACCUCUGCCCCAGGAGAUGAUCAGCUACAGCCGUGCCGACACCCACUACUUGCUGUACAUAUAUCACCGUAUGAAGAACGAGCUGAUCGAGAGAGGUAACAAGGCCAACAACCUGCUGAAGCAGACCCUCGAGCAAAGCAGACAGGUCUGCCUCCGGCGCUACAAGAAGCUCAUUUUCACAGACGAUUCCUACCUAACUCUGUGGAAACGCAGCAAGAAGUCCUUCAAUCCAAAACAGUACGAGGCACUUAAGCUGCUGUAUGCUUGGAGGGACCGGGUAGGAAGACAGGAAGACGAAAGCACAGGCUACGUCCUACCAAAUCACAUGCUCUUCCAAGUUGCCGAGAAUCUUCCAAGGGAGCCCCAUGGAGUGUUGGCCUGCUGUAAUCCCAUCCCCCCGUUGGUGCGACAACAACUGAACGAGGUCCAUCAGCUGGUCCUAAAAGCCAGGAUGUACCAAGGCCGCAUCAAGAAACCGAGCCCAAGUCCCAAGAUAUUUGCCUCCCCAUCGUCACCAAUGGAGACCCCUACCCCAAUCAAACUGACCCCUAGACCACUAAACAGUCUCCUGUCCUGUCCUCAUGACCCUACACCACAGCAAGAAGUCCCAGACCAAAAUAACAUGGUUCGCUCCGUUCCAGUUGCUCAUUACUCUGCUCUGUUUGGGGAAGAAGCCCUCCCUGAAGUCCACCCUGGGACUGUACGGAGCGCCAGCCCCAUUAUCACAGCCUUCGGCAGUAGCUCAGACGAGGAGACUGACAGAGCCCAGCCGACGCCAGGACAACAGAAAGUGGCACGGCUCAAGUCCAUGUUCGUCAACCCAUUUGAAAUGUUUCUUCCUCCGAAGCGCUUGGUCCAGAUAACCCCCGCCCUCCUAGAAGCUGACAAAAUUAACCUCUUGCCUGCUGGAAGUAAGAGUGGCGCUCCCUCAAGUGGCUCAUCGACUGAGGUACCUCUUGAUACAGCUCUGAGCGUGUGGAAGCUGAAGAAACCUCCCAAGCCACCACCAGCACCAGCGAAGACAGAGACCGCCGCUCUCCAGAACGCCAACAAUAACAGAGAGAGUGAGAGCGACACAGAGGGUGAGGCAACGGAGGAGACAGCCGGAAAAGAAACAGGAGGCACAUUGAGACAACAGAAACGAAAGGCUCCUCCAGUGGACGACCCACCAGUGAUGACUUAUCGACCGCCGGCCAAACGGGAGAAGAAGUCGGACAAUCGCAAGGCAAACCCCCACACAAAGAGAGUGGUUGACCCAGGGACAUUCAAGCCAUUCGACUACAGCGCUGUCAGUGUGCCGCCAGCAAAUGAUGGCAGACAGCCUAGCAGUGGCAGAGGAAGUGGGUGGGGCAACCGAGGAAGUGGGUGGGGCAACCAAGGAAGAGGGCGAGGUGAUCGAGGAAGGGGCGUGGCCAAGCAUUUUGAUCCUUUCACUCACGCAUCAACACGCGACCGUCCCGAAUUUAAGAACAAGGGGCGACCAAAGGCGCCUCGUGGCUCUGGACAACACAGUGUAACGUACACAAAGCACGACGGAGGAAGGAAUUUCCGAGGCAAACACCACUGGCCAAAGAGAUAGAGAGCUCUCGCAGGCAAGCAGCAGGUAACUGCGUAUUCAAUUUAGUAAAUAAAAUGAUCAUUGGAAAAGUGGUCAUUGUUCUCUUGGCUGUGGAUACGCGUAUGGCGCAAAUUCACAGGUGGCGCCAAAAAUUCCUACGGGACCAGUGUCGCUUUGUUGACACUGCCUCACUCGACAGAUUGCCUGGGGAUCUACCCAAUGUCUACAUAAUCCACAACCCUAUCGACACCACACCAACAGCGUUAUCCUUGUACCUCUACAAAAUCAGUGGGGCCUCAUGCCUUGGGAAAAGUAACAGAGGCUAGGUUUCUACCUUCCUCAAUCCUACAAAAUCCUCUCAAACCUGCUGCUUGGUUUUGAAGGAUCUAAAAGAAAAAAAAACAUCAAGUGGGUCCUUUUUAUUUUAAACCACUGAGCAUUUUCCAUACUUUGGCAUAAAAGUGAUUCUGUAGCCGUGCUUGUUGUCUCCGAAUUUGUCUCCGCGUCCAACAUUUCCGUGCAGGGACAAGUCUUUAAAUCAAUCAUUUAUUUCAUACGCACAGAUAGCUUAUGGGAACAAAAAUAUCUGUUUUAGUGGUAGAGGAAGAACAGUUAUCAUAUGUCCACAUCCGGUUUUAGCUGAGUUGACCCUUAUCUUAUCCGUUUCAUUGAGAUGGGACCUAAACAGUUAGUUGAUGUUUAUUGCAGUUUAUUUAUAUCCACUUGAUCAAGGAAGAACAGUAGUGCUCCAAAAAAACUCCAAGUGGAUUGCCACUCUUUUUAAUGGAGAGGGUAAAAAAAGUUACGAAAGCCAGUGUGCGCCAAUUCGUGUUUCAGUUUACUUUGAUAGCAACAUCCAGGCUUUUGUGCUAUUUUUAAUUAAAAUAUCGGGGGGGGCUAUUUUCCAAUUCAUUUUGGUCUUUGACAUUAAAAUGCGCUUAUCGUAAAUAAUAAUACAA